AAAAAUUAUUCUGAAAUGGCGACGGUUUGAUCUGGAAGUAAUUACAGCAGCUUACAAUUUUUUCUCGGUUCUGUCGAUUCGUGGCUAAUUACGCGUUCCAAGAGGUACGAAUAUGGUUCGGAGUUGUAAUUGUGCGUACUGGCAAACGUCGCGUGUGCGAAAAGAAAACUUCGUCGUGCGAAACGAAUUUGCUAAAUUGCAACGCAAUGGGUGCUACGCGUUGGGUGAAAAAUGGGUUAUGCUGCCCCCGUGAGGAUUGUGGCCCUGAAAAACAGUAAUGCUCUCGGCAAUAAGAGCUCCUUUCACCGUUGAUGAAAAAAGCAAGAAAUUGGCAAGAGGAAGCUAUUCACUGCGGUUUUUGGGCGGAUGGCCAGUUGGCGACAGCCGCCUGAUAAAUUCUGUGAUGAUGUGAUUAAAAUUUUCUUCCUUUCUGUGAAGAUUGGUGAACUUUCCCUUUCGCUUGGAGGGCGUAUGCCGGUUGUUGAUCGAAAUCCGUCGGGUUCGCGAUGGGAGAAGACUUCAAUCGCGCACAAAGUCGAAAUUGGCUCGGUCGUUCGAUUGGCCCAUCGGUUCCGGCGUCGUCGGUCGUAAUGGUUUGCGACGUGAACUUGUUUUCAAACACUUCGGAAAACUGUCGUUCGCAGAAUUCCCGGAUGACAUUCGCCUCGUAUGCUGUCAUUUUCCGUCGGAAGACAAUGCGUCGUCGUGGCUUUCGUUUCGCCGUCGGUUAAUUAGCCGUACAGAAGCUUCUCCCGAAUCGUUUUGUUGUGUUAUGUUUUGCUGGUUUUCGCACUACAGUUAUUAAACUGAUCAUAUUCUGAUGAUAUUGUAUUCCGUUUUUUCAUCCCACCGCUUUUGCAGAACGAUAUCCGUGUAUGAUUGUGUGCUAAAUCAUUCCGACAAUUUUCAUUGAACUUUACGCAAAAAAAAGGUUGAACGAAACUUCCGGUAGUGAAGUUUUGUGCGCGCGUUUCAAUGGACCGUAACAUGUCCGGCGUCGGUCGCCUCACGAGACGAAGUCCGUCGCCGUCGCGUGGCGGACCCAAGUUGCGUAUGGACCGUAAACCCAAUCAUGUUCGGAUUAAUGAUCCUAGCCAUCCGGCUGGCAAACGCAAGGAAAUCGACAACGUUAUGCGAAAGGCCCGUGCCUUUCCCAAUGAAACUUGGGAUAAAAAAUUACUCGAGGUUGAGGAAAAAGAUCCGAACCGUUGGCGUCACACUGGAUUCAAAAAAAUGUAUAUCGAAGAUGAUCCCAGCAGCUCGGACAGUGAACGUGGAUCGACUCGUUUUGGGAACGGUCCACCGAUGGUACGUCGCAGUCGUAGUCGAUCACCGAGAACUCCGCCUCUUCGACACCGUCGCAGUCCAUCACCUCCGAUGCGAAAACGUCGUCCACUACCGGUUUCGCCUUCGCCACCACCGCCGAUGAUCCGACGGCGUCCUGUAUCACUGACGCCGCCACCACCAGAACCGGUCAUGAAAAGAAGACCCCGUUCACCACCGCCGCGCAUGAUGCGCCGCCAAUCGCCACUGGAGUUUCACCGAAAAUCACCGAUCUCAGUGCCUGAUUCACCUCGUCGUGGCCCCAUUCGUAGAAUGUCUCCGGGUCCUCCACCGAGACCGAGGACCAAGCGACCUCCGUCACCGCCACCUAAGAUGAGCCGAUCUCCGUCAAUGUCCAGCUGCUCAGAUGAGUCUUGUUCUGCAUGUUCCGCUGAUGAAAGACAUCGUCGUACAGUUCGCCGAUCUCGUUCGAUAUCCGGUCCGCGUUCGCGUCUCCGCGGUGCCACGCCGCCAAUGGCACAUGUCCCGAAAAGUCGUCGCGAAGUUCCGGGACUUCGUCCGAUGAGUCCGCCGCCGAUGGAUCCGCGUCGCAAGGAACCAAUACCGAAGGUUCAUCGCAUCGAUAAGGAUCCACGCGAUCGUCCAUCGAGGCCCAUUCCUCCGCCACCGCCGGUCGAGCGGUACCGACAUCCACAAACGCCUGAAUCAGAGAAGGAUCCUUCGCCGAAGCCGGUGCGAGUCGCCAAGCACAAACCCAUUCAGGAGGAGCCACGUCCGGCCAAGGUUCGCCAUCCGAAACCGUCAUCAGCGGAGGUGGCUUCGGCUAGUUCCAGCAGAAAGCACAAAGUUAAACAUGUCGAAAAGUUGCGCACACGUGUCAAAAUCGAAGGAGAACCGAAGCAGCGUCGUCCGCGUUCUCCGUCGUCCGGGUCCGAAGAUUCAUCCAGCAGCGAAAGUUCGCUGCCUAGAUUUACCGCCACUACCCGGCUUUCGCUGUCGGAACGCUUCGGUAAGAUGGCACAGUGGAGUGUCGACCGUAGCAACAUGGAAAAUAUGCGAAUCACGAAGAACAGUUCCGGUGGCGAUUUGAAGGUAAUGAUCGAAGAAGAAACGGAAGCACCGCCACCGGUUCGGUACACUUACUCGCCCGCUCCUGCUGGACACUUCCCGGAAGAACUGAUGACCACCGGACCGAGUGGACUUUCCUCCUGGGAUGACGUUCGCGUGCGGUACGAGUACUACAAGGGUCGUGGCUAUCUCAGAGACUUGGAUCUGCAGGACUACAUCAAAUGGGAAGAAUGGUGGUACAAGUAUCAAGAGUGGUUGAAACAGGAACGCUACUACGAACUGUGGGAACGGUCACAGAUGAAUCGUCGCCGCAAAAAAGUGCCCAUUUCGCAACGGCUUAAUUGAAGCUGUAAGUCUCGCCAAAAUAUGACCGAUACUCUAUUGCUUGAACUAAACGUAAGAACCAAGUCAGCUCACGGAAAGCAUCUGUCGAGGGCAAACUUCCAUGUUUUAACAAGAAAAGAAACUCACAUUUUAUUUGUGUAAUGUUUUCAACGUGCAUUAUGAAGGCAAUAGCAGUAAUAACAGAAAUAGGACAGUCAGCAGUCCUUUACAAAAAAACAACAAAAUUUAAAAUAGAAACAUAAACCGACCUGUUCUGGUAGCCUUUAGUAUUAAUACAAUUAAAUGUAUUUUAACUAUCUUCUAGAGCUCCAUAUAACUGUAACGAACAGCAAAUAAACAUGAUCUAAUCACUAA